AUGAACGCGGCAGUGGUGAGGCGGACGCAGGAGGCGCUGGGCAAGGUGAUCCGGAGGCCGCCUCUGACGGAGAAGCUGCUGAGCAAGCCCCCGUUCCGCUACCUGCACGACAUCAUCACGGAGGUGAUAAGAAUGACUGGUUUCAUGAAGGGCCUCUACACAGAUGCUGAGAUGAAGUCUGAUAACGUGAAGGAUAAGGAUGCAAAAAUUAGCUUCCUACAGAAGGCCAUAGACGUGGUUGUACUGGUUUCAGGAGAGCCAUUAUCAGCAAAACCAGCCCGAAUUGUGGCCGGGCAUGAGCCUGAAAGAACAAAUGAGCUACUCCAGAUAAUUGGAAAAUGCUGUCUCAACAAGCUCUCCAGUGAUGAUGCCGUGAAGAGAGUCUUAGCUGGAGAGAAGGGAGAUGUGAAAGGAAGGGCCUCACUGACUUCACAGUCUCAAGAAUUGGAUAAUAAAAAUGCGAGAGAGGAAGAGUCCAGAACUCACAAAGAUAAAGAGGAUAGAAGAAACUCAGAAAUAAAAGAGAAAAGGACAAGCGGAGAUCAAAAACAGAAAGAAUUGAAAGAAGAAAGCAAACCAAGAGAAAAAGAAAGGGACAAGGAGAAGGCCAAGGAGAACGACAGAGAGAGACACAAAGACCCUGAGAGAGAUAAAUACAGAGAAGGAGAGAGAGAAAAAACCAAGGCUAGGGCCAAGCAAGAGCGAGAGAGAGACAAAGACAGAGGCAAAGAUUUAGAACGUGAGAAGGAGAGAGAGAGAAAGAGUGAGGGAGGAAAAGAAAAAGAGAGAUUGCGAGACAGGGACCGAGAUCGUGACCGAGACAAGGGGAGGGACAGGGAUAGACGGAGAGUGAGAAAUGGGGAGCACACCCGGGACCCCGACAGGGAGAAGAGCAGAGAGCACGACAAAGUGGAAAGGAAGUCCGCAAGCUCAGGGGAGAUGUCUAAAAAGUUGUCAGAUGGAUCUUUUAAAGACUCCAAAGCUGAAACAGAGACUGAGAUUUCCUCUAGAUCAUCCAGGUCGUUGGCAAUAAAAACUUCAAAACGGCGAUCCAGAAAUUCAGUGGAAGGUGACUCCCCCAGCGAUGCAGAAGGAGAAGUUGCACCUCUUGGCCGAGAGAAGUCUGAGGUGUCAGAGAAUCCAGACGUGCCCAGUGAGCUUUCGUCCGGUGUCAGAAGAAUACCUCGGCCUGGGAGUGCCAGACCAGCGCCUCCCCGGGUCAAACAACAAGAAAGCGUGGAACCAUUGCCGAUAGAUAGGACAGGGAGUGGUAAAACUGUCUCAAAUGUGAUUAUAGAUUCACAGAAUUCUGACAAUGAAGAGGAUGAUCAGUUUGUGGUGGAAGCUGCCCCUCAGAUCUCUGAAAUGUCAGAAAUCGAAAUGGUACCAGCAGUGGAAUUAGAAGAAGAGGAGAAGCAUGGUGGACUUGUGAAAAAAAUUUUGGAGACUAAGAAAGAUUAUGAGAAAUUGCAGCAGUCACCCAAACCUGGAGAGAAGGAGAGAUCACUCAUCUUUGAGUCAGCAUGGAAGAAGGAGAAGGACAUUGUUUCCAGGGAGAUAGAGAAGCUCCGCGUGUCCAUCCAGACCCUGUGCAAGAGCGCACUGCCCCUGGGGAAGAUCAUGGACUACAUCCAGGAGGACGUGGACGCCAUGCAGAAUGAGCUGCAGCUGUGGCACAGCGAGAGCAAGCAGCACGCCGAGGCCCUGCAGAAGGAGCAGAGCAUCACAAACUGUGCCGUGGAGCCCCUGAAGGCUGAGCUGGCUGAGCUGGAGCAGCUGAUCAAAGACCAGCAAGACAAGAUCUGCGCUGUGAAGGCCAAUAUCCUAAAGAAUGAAGAAAAAAUCCAGAAAAUGGUGUAUAGUAUCAACUUGACUUCAAGAAGGUGAACACUCAGAAGUUUCAGAGAUGAAAAGUCACCAUCAGUUUAAAAAGGAAGACAGAAAAUCAUCACUCUUCUAAGUUCCAGUUUGCUAAGAUAAUGAACAGUUUACAAUGUUAAUAUCCAGCUAAUUUUCAGAGCUUUCAAACUUUGAGCACAUUAAUGUGUAAAAGGACCAUGUUUUUUUACUUCCUUCCAGCUGGAAUAUUUGCUAGUUAUAAAUAACUCUUCC